UACCACAGCUAUAAAAGAUUAGACCCCUACAUUCUCCCUUCGCGAUCCACUCCCGCCGCUCGUAUUCCUCUUCAGAGAAUCACAGAAGACCUAGAGAGAGCUGCGAAAAUGGUGGCGGGCAAGAAGACGAAAAAGACACAUGAGAGCAUAAACAAUAGGCUGGCUCUUGUAAUGAAGAGUGGAAAGUACACUCUUGGGUACAAGACAGUCCUCCGCACCCUACGCGGUUCAAAAGCGAAGCUAGUACUUAUAUCCAACAACUGCCCACCUCUGCGCAAGUCCGAGAUAGAGUACUAUGCCAUGCUUGCUAAAGUUGGGGUUCACCACUACAACGGAAACAAUGUUGAUAUGGGAACAGCAUGUGGCAAGUACUUCCGUGUGUCAUGUCUUAGCAUCAUCGAUCCAGGUGAUUCUGAUAUUAUUAAGUCGCUGCCUGGAGAUCAAUGAGAGAAAUCUGUUGAACGAUUCGGGCAUAAUUUUGUGUUUCUAUAGAUUAUGUUAAAGCAUCCAUUAUGUUCUUUUUGUCCCCUGAAGAAUUCGAUAUUUCUCAAGUUUGUAAGGUUUUGGAGCCAACUUGAUCCAAGGUUCAGUGAACAUUUUCCCCCGUUAGUGCGCAUUUGAAUCACUCGAUGACCUAGCUA